AUGACAAAAGUUUACGACCAAUACUCUUCUUCAUCUACAUCUCCCGCCAUGCGAUCAUCCAAUACUACACGUAGGGCCUCUGUUGUGUCUAUAUCGGCCCUGUUAAAUCCUGAACCCGAAGAAAGUCAGGGAUCUUCCAUACGAACCAUGGCACAAACGAAUAAUCAUGAUUCCUAUGGUAAUUAUGAUAAUUACGCUGAUCCUUCAAUGAAUCAAAGCGGUCAAUCCUGGAGACGUUACUCUGCACCAAACCUUUCUUCAGAAACACAUGACACGCCCAAUGAAAAUAAUGGCCUGACCAUUAUUAACUAUUGUAAUAAUAAACCAAAUGUCAUCCCCCCUCCUGAAUCAGAUUCGUCUCUGUCGUCUCCUGUCUCUCCAAAUUCAAGAAAUUCUUUUACGGGAAACGGCUCAUCAAGGUCGAAUUCAUCAUCCCUACCUUCGACUCGUCGAUCUUCGAUGAAUCGACCUUCUUCAUCUGAUCAGGCUUCCAUCAAUAACAUGAUCACUCCGCCUCAGACUCCCGGUGUCAAAUCUCCAACAAAGGCCAACUUCCAAUUCCCCUCAAAUGCGACCGAACAAUCUAGUCAGCAAACGAUGCCUCCGAAAGUUAAACGCAAGAGAAUCACUCAAGAACAAUUGGCUGAUUUGGUAGCGAUGUUUGAACAAACGGACACUCCGAGUUACGAUGUCUGGUUCCAAAAUCGUCGGGCAAAAGCAAAUCGUGCAAAACAGAACGAGCACAAUACCUCACAUCAGCAUCACAGAUUUCUACAUCAUCACUCGGUGCCAACAUCUCAAGCGGCCAGCGGUCAUGCUUCUUCCAUCGGUAUGAUCAACCCUGGGAACUUUACCUUUGUUCCGAUGUUUACCAAUGGUGGUCCGUCAACGGGUGGUCCGGCCAAAGGACGCAGUAACCGCAGGCAUUCUUACGUCCAUCCACCCACAUCAAGUUUGAACUCUCAGAAGAAGCCUACACAGAACAGUCCCUUCACUAGACCACGAGCGUCAACUGUCACCGGUGCGUCAAUGACAUCACACUGUUCUCCGACAAAAGUGAUGGUACCUCCUCCACCACUCAAGAUCAUGCCUUUUGCACCUCAAGAGCAACAUCACCUUCAUGUUUCACAUCAUGUCUACGGUGGCCACGUCCAUGCUCACUCUCACACGGUGCCACAUUCGCCGGUCUCACCGGCCUCUCCCACCACCCCCACCCCCAUAUUGCCCCCACCAAUUCCUUCUCACUACGCAUUGCCAAGUCUCAACUCUUGUGCCCUUCCUCCCGUCGUCCCUCCUAUCAAAGACAUUAUCGGUACUUCUGACAUAUAUCAGCCUGUGUCUCACGCAUUACCUUCCGCAUACAAUCAACCCCAGCCUUACACACAAUCACAGAAUACCAACAUUACGAUGCCGGUUUCCUCUAAUACAAAAUCUGCAAUCGACAUUCUUGCCACAGCGGCUGAAUUCGUUCAAAGCGAAGAAAAGGAAAAAGAACGCCUCAAGGCUCUUGGUGUAUUACACGCUCAGAACGAGGCCGAUGACGAAGAUCAAAGGUGGAGGAGACCCUG